AUGUCACCCCCUUCAGUUUCCCCAGAGCAAACCCUCUCGGCUGUCAACAAUGAUUCCCCCAAUACCUCGCUGCCUGGCAACUUCACCGCCACCGCCCCCCACUACAGAUCUUCGGAGCCUCCAAGUUCAAGCUCCCGCAGCUGUAUGACAUGUCGCCGCAGGAAGGUCCGAUGUAAUAAAAGAGCUCCAUGCUCCAAUUGUACCAGGACUGGAACCGAUUGCGUCUUUCCUCCUCCUGGUCGUGCCCCGCGGAAAUCAAAAUCGUCACCUGAUACAGAACUUCUUUCGCGAUUGCGCCGUUUGGAGGGUGUGAUUGACCACCUCAGAAAGGGUGCCGGUGUGGAAAUUCCAACGACUACAUCGACUAAGGCGCCGUCUCCUAAAAUUGGGUCUUCACGAGCUCAAGGCGAAACUGUUGCGCCCGCAUCUAUCCCGACUGAGCUGCAGCCCCAAGAGAGUUGCCCUUUUGAACAGUCAGACCCCAAAAAGCAUGCUCCCGAUAAGUUCGAAAAUGAGUUUGGGCGGUUGGUCAUUGAUGAAGGCCGGAGUCGAUACGUGAGCAAUCGGCUUUGGUCUAGUCUUGGAGACGAGAUCGAGGAGCUACAGGAUAUCCUUGAUCUUUCAUCGUCUGACGAAGAUGAUGCAGCUUCGCCAGAGUCUGCCCAUUCAGGCCCGCAAGACGGGUUCCUUUUUGGGUUUUACUCCAUUUCACACUCUCUCCAAGAGUUUCAUCCCGCAGAGUCUAAGAUCUCAAUACUCUGGGAAGCAUAUCGCGAAAAUGUUGCUCCUUUGAUCACCGUUGUACACCGACCUACUGCCCAAGAGCUAUUUACUCAGGCAGCACGGCAACCAGAUGCUCUGGACAAAAAUUCGGAAGCCCUGGUGUUUGCCAUGUAUUUUUGCAGCGUGAUCAGCAUGAACCCAGAUGAAUGCAUGUUCCGUUUAGGCGAAGACCGUGCCACUCUUGUCAAGCGAUAUCGAUUUGCUACAGAGCAAGCAUUGGCGAAAGCUGGGUUCUUGAACACACAAAGUUUAGUCCUUCUACAAGCCGCCGUUUUAUUUUUGGUCUGCGUGCGACGAGAAGAUGACAGCAAGUUUGUGUGGUCUAUGACCUCGAUUGUCUUACGCCUUGCUCAGAGCUUAGGUUUGCACCGGGACGGUACAAACUUUGGCCUGAAACCCUUCGAAACUGAGAUGCGGCGCCGGGUAUGGUGGCAUAUCUCGCUGUUGGAUGUCCGUUCGUCCGAAGACCAUGGCACAGAUCCACUCAUUGAUGAGAGGAUGUAUGAUACGCGGCUGCCGUUAAAUAUCAACGAUGUCGACCUAACACCCGAUAUGGAGGAGCCCCCAAAAGAGCAAGAGGGCUGCACAGAUGCCACUUUCUGUCUUAUCCGUUGUGAGAUCACGAGUGCCUUGCGGCGGGCAAACUACGUGUGCCCUGGGGCCCAGUUUCGUUCACCUAAUGACUUACCGCCGGUGGAAUACGCUGAGCGGAUGAUUGAAAUAAUUAGUGAUCGAUGCGAACAGCGGUACAUUAGACACUGCAAUAUGAGCAUCCCCAUUCAGUGGUGUUCCGCCACCAUUGGGCGAUUGAUCCUUGCUAAGUUAUGGUUGAUCGUGCAUCAUCCAAUGACCCGCAAAGACCGCGGAAGUGUGACACAAGAAACUAGAGAGAGUUUGUUCAUAACUGCAAUUGAAGUCCUCGAGUUUGUCCAUUUGAUCGAGGUCGAUCCCAAGACCGCCCAUUGGGGGUGGAUGUUUCGAACUAACAUGCAAUGGCACGGAGUUGCAUUUGUUUUAUCCGAAAUAUGCGUUCGCCCAAUGAGCGCUGUCACCGAUAGAGCUUGGAACGCCGUCAAUUCAAUCUACACUGCAUUUGCUGCUCAUGAUACACAUAAAAGAGGGAUGUUGUGGCGACCCCUCGCUGCUCUGAUGAGAAGAGCCACUGCAAUUCGGUCCAAGCAACAGCAGGAAUCUCUUUCCAAAGUUGGGCCAUUGCCCCCUUCCCCAGAUCCCAUCAACACGUUACUUGCCAAUAAUAACUACACCCUUCCCCGGAUCCAUAUGUCUAUGGGGAUCCCGAGCCCACAUUCGACAAAUGAACCAACCUCAAAUGCACCGGUCACAUUUAACGGAGACUUCGAUAUCAACCUCAGCAAUGGGCCUUUGAGUGCUCUCCAGGAACUAUUCCCAGGUACAAAUUUCCUUGCACCAACUAACAAUCUUUUCGAUGCUCCACCAACCCAGAAUAGUGUCUUGGCGCCGGAGCUCUCCUCUGGCCCGUCCUACAAUACUCCUACGAGCAAUCCUUUUGUGAACCAGCUACCCCUUCCUGAAUUCACACAACUCAGCUGGGAGGAAUGGGACCGAGUGAUGCGCGAUUUCCAAUCGGAUGUUGCUAAGGACAGUUCUCAGCCGGCCAAUGGAAGCAAUGUCACUGGAUGGUUUGCCUAA